AUGGCCCUCAGUCCCGGGCACCCCUUAGAUGGGGAGAGGGUGCGAAGAAUCCCCCGGUUACCCAAUAAAAACAAAAAUGAUUUUAAGAUUCACAAGGAAAAAAGAAUUGACACAUGGAAUGUGAAAAGUAUGUAUCAACCUGGAAAAGCAGCGAACAUAAUAAAAGAAGCAAAACGACUUCAAAUCGACAUACUAGGAUGCAGUGAAACAAGAUGGCCAAAUUCAGGUCAAUGCACCAUUAAUGAGCAUCACAUAUACUUUUCCGGAGACAAUACUACCAAAAACAAAAAUGGCGUAGCAGUAAUUCUAAAUGACCAAACCAACAAAAGUAUAAAAGGAUUUAUCCCCAUUUCAAGCAGAGUAGCAUUGGUCAAAAUCAAAUCAAACCCUUUCGACACAAAUAUCAUACAAGUAUACGCACCAACAGCUAACAGUAAUGAACAAGAAAUCGAAGAAUUUUAUGAAGAAAUAAGAAUAGCAACUAAACAUACGAAGAAAGAAGAAGUUAACAUCAUCUUAGGCGACAUGAAUGCCAAAAUUGGGCUGGGAAAAAUAGAAGAUGUGGUAGGAGAUUUCGGACUAGGAACAAGAAACGAAAGGGGUGAACGUUUAAUAGAAUUUUGUCAAGAAAUGAACUUCACCAUUAUGAAUACCUUCUUCAAACUACCUCCCAGAAGGCUAUAUACCUGGAGAGCUCCUACAGACAGCAACGACAGAAUCGUAAGAAACCAGAUUGAUUUUAUAAUGAUAAACAAAAAAUACCGAAACGCAGUAACUCUUGCAAAACAUACCCAGGAGCAGACAUACCAUCGGACCACAACCUAUUACUAG